CGCCGUACUGUACUGUUAUGUUACUUUAAUCUGUGCGGUGUACGUAGGGAAGGGAAAUAUAUCCCUCAAAACACAUGUGUGCGACCCAUCGUAGCUGCAGUUAGCCGGUAACAGGUACGGUACCUUUUCUCUCUAAUGGGCCAGCUCAACUCUAUCGUUUUCUCUCCGUUUGCCCUCGUUUCUUCUCUCAUUAACUCUUCUCUUCCUCUUCUAACAAACAUCAAUAGUCCUAUAUCUUCAAUUGCUUCAUCAUUCCCUUUUUCACUUCCCUGUUUACACCCCGCCUUCUUGCGGAUUGUUCCUUGUCCAUCCCGCCAGGCCUCGGCGUCUCUUAGUCGCGCUUAGCGCCCUUCAAUAUGUCGUCAUAGUGGUCAGAUUCUCAUAAAUUCCGCCCACGCGAGCCCAACAUUCCCACGAUUUAAUCCCCAUUCUGUUAUUCUUAUAUAUAAUUUUGAUGCCCAGUUACAACCCUCAACGACGAGAAAAAUACCGUUCGUCACUGCAAUGAACCAAGACUCCAAGACUCUUACAACAGAACUAUACCUAUACAUCUCAGAACGACGGUGCCAUUGGAUAUAUCAUCACCACCACUUUUCAUUCGCCACCAGCGCCCGGAGACGGUCGAGAAUUCAAUGUGUACCGACGCCUGGUCAAGAACGUCAAGAAGAACACAGACCAGCAUUAUAAGAAGAAGAAGAAGAGGGAUCUCGACCUGACUCUCACGUAGAGCCUCUUUGACAAUGCCACACGCAAUUCCUCACGAGGCGUGCGCCUAUAAUGACCCCGCACUCCUCGCACCCGCCACACCCGACUUGGCCCUCACAACCAAGUCACCAGCCGCCACCACCACCUCCUCCACUUCCACAUCUCCCUCCUCCUCACCCGCCCUCACAUCCUUCCACCUCUUCCCCCACCUCUACCCCGAGCUCCGCCUCAAAAUCUGGCACAUGGCCCUCGACCUCGGCCGCCGUGUCGUAACAAUCCACUACGAGCCCUCCACGCACUCCUUCCACACGCCCACCCCAACCCCCUCCCUCCUCCACACCAACCGCGAAAGCCGCCACGAAGCCCAGCGCGCCUACCCCCUCCUCUUCGGCACCGCCUCCGCCCCCUCCCACAUCCCCUUCCACCCCGCACACGACACCCUCUACUUCCCCCGCCGCAGCACCAUGGGGUACGACGACUCGCUCCGCGAUUUCGGGGCGUUCAUGGCUACCCCCGAGGACCUGACGCGCGUGCGCGUCGUGGCGCUCGACUCGGUUGAUUCGACGGAGAAGAGGCCGUGGGAGGCCUACGACAAGGCGGUGUUCGUGAAGUCGUUCCCGCGACUCGAGAAUGUGGUGUUGGUCCGCGGCCCGAAACGCGCGUGGCUGAGUAAUAUUCCGCGCGCGAUGGGACCGGAGGUGGAGGGGAGGGAGGUGGAGUUUGUGGCGGUGGAAGGGGAGGAGGGGGGAAGAGUUGUGAAGAGGUUUGAGGCCACGUUUUUUGGGGAGGAGGAGGCGUUGGCGAGGAUUCAUUGUGAGAGGAGGGAGGAUUAUGUUACAGCAAGAUUGCCGCCUGUGUUGGUGGUUUCGAAGAGGAGAGUUGAGAGGGAGUGAGGAGAAUGAGGAGGAUGAGAGGGAUUGUGCUAUUUUUCGACAGCGAGCAUGUUUUACUUUGGGAGCAUGUUUUGAUUUAUUAUUUAUGGGGGAUUUUGUAGCGUGAUGGAUGGGGUGUACAGCAUAUAUGAGCGGCGAUAGUAGACGAGAUACCCGACCUAAGCGUCAGCGAGUCAAUUCAGCACCUGAUCUAGCAUAUUUUCAGUAUGCCGCUAUGAUGCUGUAUUGAUUUCUGUACAUCGGAGCUUAAGUCGACAAGCUAUAAUAUGUCGUUUGGAUGGCAUUUUUGUAUUUAUCGAGCAAUGGCUGUGGCCUUAUAUUUAGACCAGUUAUAAUAUGUUUAUA